AAAACGAAGAAGAUAGUAGCAGAAGAGGAAAAAAAACAAAAAAAAAAAAAAAAAAGAAUGGCCACCCUUUGGUCCUAUGCACAUUUUUGCUUUUGUUCUCUUGCAGUGCUUGUUUUGGGUAUAAUCUUGUUAUUUUUGAUGUAUCAGCUUGUAAGGACACUACAGAGCCUUAAUCAAGAAUCGACGGCUGAUAUUCCUCCCGGCAGUCGAGGACUACCGUUGAUAGGAGAAACGCUACAGUUUAUGGCUGCUAUCAAAAGUGGCAAGGGGUUUUAUGAAUUUGUUCGCAUUCGUCGCCUCUGGUAUGGAAGGUGCUUCAGGACCUACAUAUUUGGAGAGACACACGUGUUUGUAUCGGGAACAGAGUCAGCAAAAACAAUCUUAAACAAUGACUUGGGGAAGUUCACAAAGCGAUACAUACAGUCCAUUGCCCAAUUGGUCGGAUACCAAAGCCUUCUAUGCGCUGAUUACCAACACCACAAGCUGAUCCGAGGCCGUCUCAGCAAUUUGUUCACCACCAGUUCUAUGUCUUUGUUUAUCAAACAGUUUGAUCAACUUAUACGUGAAAAUCUUACAACCUGGGAACACAAAUCCACUGUAAUUGUUCUCGAUGAAGCGCUUCAGAUAACUUGUAAUGCCAUGUGCAAAAUGUUAAUGAGCCUAGAAGGUGGAAAUGAAUUAGAGAUGUUGCAGAAGGAAGUGGCUCAUGUUUGCGAAGCAAUGCUUGCAUUCCCUUUGAGAAUACCGGGGAGUAGGUUUCAUAAAGGCCUUCAGGCCAGAAAAAGAAUCAUGAGCCUAAUCGAGAAGGAAAUUAGUGAAAGAAGAAGAGGCAUAGGAGCUUUCCAAGAAGAUUUUCUACAACGUUUGUUGACCGAGGAUGACAAAGCAUGUAACGAUGCUACCACUACUAGGCUAACAGAUUCAGAGAUCAAAGAUAAUAUCCUUACCAUGAUCAUCGCAGGACAAGAUACGACAGCAAGUGCAAUAACAUGGAUGGUGAAAUUCUUGGAUGAAAACCAAGAUGUCCUUCAGAUACUAAGGAAUGAACAACUUCAGCUAGCAAGUAAAUCAACAGCAGAGUCAUUUAUCCGCUUGGAGGAUCUAAAUGAAAUGCCAUAUGCUUCCAAGGUGGUAAAAGAAUCCUUGAGAAUGGCAUCUGUAGUACCAUGGUUCCCAAGACUAGCACUCCAGGAUUGUGAGAUAGACGGAUUUAGUAUCAAAAGGGGGUGGAAUGUUAAUAUUGAUGCCAGAUCAGUACACCUUGAUCCAACGGUGUACAAUGAACCAAACAAGUUUAAUCCUUCAAGGUUUGAUGAUGAAUCAAAACCUUACAGCUUCUUAGCUUUCGGAAUGGGAGGGAGGACAUGCCUCGGAAUGAACAUGGCUAAAGCCAUGAUGAUGGUCUUUCUCCACCGUCUGAUUACCACCUACAGGUGGAAGGUGAUGGACCCAGACCCCAGCAUUGAGAAGUGGGCUCUGUUUUCCAGAUUGAAAAGCGGCUGUCCUGUGAUUGUGACACGUAUCUUGAAGGACACGGAUGGGUUUUACUGAUAUAAGAUUAUAUAAUAAUAAUAUACCCCCAAAAUAUAUACUAUGCAAAGCGCUAGUUGCUUGUACAAUAUUAUUCUAUACUUAAAUUAAGUUGAGAUUAGGCAGGAUAUUACCUAAUUCCUACUAAUCAACUGUAAGAAAUAACAUAUAAAUAUAUUUAUCUAAACUUGUUUUGGUAAAAUUUUGGAAGACAUUCGCCAUUGAAGGCACACGUGUUGUCCCAAUUUUUACAAAAUUUAAU